GCCUUCAUCUCUCAGUCCUGUGGAUUCUCCGGCAAAGAGAAAGGAACAUGCAGGAGGAAACUUGGUUGGGCUGAUCCUCCCCAGCUCUUCAGUUGGACCCUCUGGGAUCUGAGCAGUCGUGGCAGCUCCCCUAGGAUGGAAGGCGCAAAAGGAGAAAACCCAUUUCCCUCCCUGUCUGUAUCCAGAAAGGCAUCUAGCAAUGUGAUCCUGGGUUAAAUGGACACCAGCAAGCGUGGGCGUUUUUCUAAUGAGGCCUCUCGCUGGUCCGCUGCGGAUCGGGAUCCUCUUCCUCACUGUGGGGUGGACUCUCCAGAGAGAAGUUUCAUUGCACGUCUCACAACCCAGCAUAAACGCCACAGUCGCACAGAACAUUUUGCUGUCGGUCGCGUACACCUGCAAAGGGGUCCCUGUCAUUGGGUGGAAGCACACAGCCACAUGGGGCACCUCCGAAAUCAUCGAGUGGAAACCGGGGACUUACACCAACAUCUCCAGCAGUUACAGAGACAGGGUGAACAUUUAUAGCAACGGUUCUCUACAGAUCCUGAAUGUGGCUAUGAGAGAUUCGGGCUAUUACUUGGUCAAAUGCAUGGAAGAGCCUUUGGAACUACUUACCGCUGAUCCUUCAGCCAGCAGAGCCUCAGCCGGCCAAAGGACCAGGCUGGGUCACCGCUGGGUGCUCCUUGGCCCCGCUGCACCAGGCCACUGCCGGACGUCCUUCAGACAGCCCCGCCAGGAUGCUCGAGGGGUGGCCUGCCGCUGGCUCCCGCUGGCUAAGAGGUGCUGCUGUGUUUCUACUCCCUCUGCAGAGAUCCUGUACGAGGACCUCCACUUUGUGGCCGUUUUCUUUGCGUUCCUGAUCGCCGUGUCUGCCGUUCUCAUCUGCCUCAUGUGGCUGUGCAACAAAUCCCUGCAUCUGCUGCAGAAGGAGCGGCACCAGUUGAAAGAGAGUGUGAGUGCAACGGAAGAGACCGAACUACAAGAGAUGGGAUGUUAGCAAAGAACUCCCCGCAUGAAAUCAACUCACCUUUCUACCCCUGCAGAAAACGAGGUCAAUGCAUGUAAAACCGUAUAUGAGAGAAACCUUUCCGUGUGCUUUUGUGUACAGUGAAGGCUGAUCCACUCAGUUUGAGAACUGCUGCAGUUUCAAAGUCAUUAUUUAUAAGGAACGUGGUUGAAGAUAAAAUGCUUGCAUUGUUUUAUCUGGUGUCCAUGCACAAGGAGGUAUGUUCUUGUCACGUUUUUGAUACUAUCAAGGUGAGGCGAUGCAGCACAUAUGUUGCGAUGGCUGCACACGUACAGCUUUCUCGAAUGCAUGCGGGCAGCACAAGAGGUCACGGCGUUUGAAACGUUGCAAUUGUUUACUGACAAUUUAAAAAUAAAUUUGCAAAGGCACUGUUAAUGGUU